AUGCGGCUGCGAUCCAGGGGGCCGUAUGGGACGGCCCAUGCUCCAUACCACCCACUGUCCCUGCGCCCACUCGCCCAGGCCACCUUGGCCAUGCUGGGGCUGCUCAUGGAGGAGCUGGAUCCUGUGCGGUCCCUGAUGGAUGCGCAGAACUCGCGAAUCGAGGAGCUCUUGCAGAAGAUCAAGCAGCAGCAGUACAAGCUGGACAAGCAGAAUUUACAGAUUAAAAGCCUGCAGAGCAAGGUCAAUCUGCUGAUCCCCUUACACCUGAAGGACAACAAAACGCAAUCUCCAAAGUGGAAGAUGAACCUGAAGAAGAGCCUCAGCCUCACCAACCAGAGCCAGAACGCGAGUGGGGAGCCCGUGCCGACGCAGAAGCUCCCGAAGGAUUGCCACCAGCUCUUCCUGGCUGGGCAGGAAAGCAGCGGCAUUUUCCAGGUGCAGCCUGCAGGGUCUCAGCCCUUCAAAGUUUACUGCGACAUGACCGCAGAAGGUGGCUGGACAGUGAUCCAGAGGCGCGCAGAUGGCUCUGUGGACUUUGAUCAGCUUUGGGAUGCCUACAAGAAUGGCUUUGGAGACCUUCGUGGUGAUUUCUGGCUGGGCUUGGAGAAGAUAUAUCACCUUGUCCAAGAGGGAAGAUAUGAUCUCCUGAUUGAGCUGGAAGACUGGGAGGGAAAUUCCCAGGUAGUUCAGUUUGUCUUCAGCCUUGGCGGUGAGGGCACAGCCUACACGCUCAACCUGCUGGGACCUCUGUCUGGAGAGCUGGAAAAUGCCAUCGGGGACUUCAGGCAGCUGCCCUUCUCCACUCGGGAUCGUGACCAUGACCUCAAAGCUGACACAAACUGUGCCAAACACCUCUCAGGUGGCUGGUGGUUCAGCACCUGUGGCCAUGCCAACCUCAACGGGAAGUACUUCCGCUCCAUCCCCCGCCAGAGGCAUGAGCGCAAGCAGGGCAUCUUCUGGAAGACAUGGAAAGGCAGGUAUUACCCACUGAAGUCAACCACCAUGAAAAUCCAACCUGCGGCACUGGAAGCAGAGCCCUAAAGCUGCCACUUGAGACUUGACCUUCUCUGCGGAGCACAGAGCUGAGCUCCAUCACUUGGUGUUUACAGAAAACAAACCCACCCUCCCCAGGAAGUCCCCCGAGGAGCGUUUCUCUUGGUUAGCAGCCCUUUAGUGGCAUGACACAGCUCCUCACUGUAAGUAAAACAGCU